GAUCACGUGACGCUCACAUGAUCAGCACAUUUGGACCGAUUCGGACACACGAACUGGUGUUGUGUUUGUCAAGGUGCAUGAACACGAAAACAAUGUGGUUUGCUGUUUUUGUGCUGAGCUUCAUUUGGGUCGUCAAUGGAGAGCUGCUCGAGGCUGACCAAGAUGCUGUUGUACCUGGGGACUGGACACUUCUUGGACGGGUUGGACCAUUGGAGGAAGUGGAACUUACAUUUGCGCUGAAGCAGCAGAAUGUGAGCAAGAUGGAAGAGUUACUCAAACUAGUAUCGGAUCCAGAUUCACAUGAAUAUGGGAAGUAUCUGAGUUUGGAAGAAGUCGCUGCUCUUGCGAGGCCUUCCCAGCUGACCGAAAAGGUGGUGGAGAAUUGGCUUCGGAGUCAUGGAGUCAUGAACUGUCACACAAUUAUAACACGGGACUUCCUUCAGUGUGUCAUGACUGUGCAGGUGGCUGAAGCUUUACUCCCUGGCAGUAAAUUUCACCGCUUCUGUAAAAAUACACAAACUCUGUUGAGGUCGACAUCUCAGUAUUCAGUUCAUGAAGAUGUGCAUCAGCAUCUAGACUUUGUUGGAGGAGUUCACCGUUUUCCACAAAAAGGCAAGGUUGUGAGUAGAGGCUGGGAAGGAGCGCGUCAAGCCAUAUUAGGCUAUCAUUUGGGUGUCACUCCUGCGGUCAUCAGGAACCGCUACAAUCUUACGGCAAAAGAUGUGGGCACUGCCACCAACAACAGCCAGGCGGUGGCUCAGUUUUUGGAGCAGUACUACCACCCUGCUGACCUGGCUGAGUUCAUGAGUCUGUUUGCUGGUGGAUUCACACACAUGUCUGCUGUGGAGCGGGUCGUGGGCACUCAGGGAGGAGGGAAAGCUGGUAUUGAGGCCAGUCUGGAUGUGGAGUACAUCAUGAGCAGUGGAGCAAACAUCUCUACAUGGGUCUUCACUAAUCCAGGUCGUCAUGAGUCUCAGGAGCCAUUUCUCCAGUGGAUGCUGCUGAUCAGUAACAUGUCUGCGGUGCCGUGGGUUCACACCAUCAGCUAUGGAGACGAUGAAGACAGCCUGUCUGAAGCCUACAUGAACCGCAUCAACAUUGAGUUCAUGAAGGCUGGCCUCAGAGGGAUAUCCAUGCUAUUUGCUUCCGGUGACAGUGGAGCAGGCUGUAGACACUUGACUAAAGAAAGAAAUACCUUCAGACCAAGUUUUCCUGCUUCCAGUCCCUAUGUGACUACUGUGGGUGGGACUUCUUUUCAAAAUCCCUUCAAACUCAGCUAUGAGGUCACAGAUUACAUCAGCGGAGGUGGCUUCAGUAAUGUGUUUCCAAUGCCGAAUUAUCAGGUUGAUGCUGUUAGAGCGUAUCUGAAGAGUGUUCAGUCUCUUCCUCCUCAGACGUAUUUCAACACCACUGGAAGAGCUUAUCCAGACCUAGCUGCACUUUCUGACAACUACUGGGUCGUCUCCAACCGUGUGCCCAUACCAUGGGUUUCUGGAACUUCGGCAUCAACUCCAGUAGUAGGUGGUAUUCUGUCCCUCAUAAAUGACCAGCGCUUCCUUAAGGGCCUUCCCUCCUUAGGAUUCAUCAACCCUCGCCUUUACAAACUGCAAGGCAAAGGUCUUUAUGAUGUAACGGUGGGAUGUCAUCUCAGUUGUCUGGAUGAUAAAGUUGAGGGGAAGGGUUUCUGUGCCUCCCCUUCCUGGGAUCCAGUUACGGGAUGGGGAACGCCUAAUUAUCCAGUUUUCCUCGCCUCUCUUAUGGAUUGAGGCGUUGCUGCUUUCGAGUCUGAGAAACACGCUGAUAUUCCUUUGCUUAAGCAUCUAAAUAAUAUCAUCAAUUCAUAGCUGUCGAUCAAUUAUCGUUUACUUCAGUUCUAUCAGGUGAGGCUUACUUGUACCAGAAACUAUGAUCAAAUAUUAAACAGGCCUCUUAUUUUUAAACAAGAAAAAAAACAGACAUUCAGGCAAAUAUCAAUGGUUUUAUCUGUUUUGUUGACCAAUGAUCCGAAGUGCAAUAUUCUGUAAAAGCUCAUUUAACUUCAACGUUUCUUCCAAAAUGCAAUUCACAGUCAAACUUUUGAAUGUUUUAAGGUUUAGAUGAUGCAUGUUACAUUAUAAAACCAGCCUAAUUAUUGAACAUACUAGAGCUGCAUAAACCAAGGGCCUGUUUUUGACUUUUUAAAAAUAAGGAUUUCACAGACUUUGAUAUCCUCAGGGAAUUAAAAUUGUAUGGAUUUGUUUGUUGUGGGGUUGGUGGUAAGAUUGAGUGUUUUUCUACUAGACAUCUAGUGCACUGAAAUGUUGUUGGAGCAACUGGUCAGACUUGUUUUUCUGAAAGAUGUAUUGCCUCCAGAAUUCCCUCUGCAAUGUACAUGAAUAGUCUGAAGAUUUAAAAAAAAAAAAAAAAAAAGAUUUGUUUGCUGGAACGAAAAAAUAAAUGCAAAUUAAAGUUUUUAUUUUGAAAUAAA